CCCACACCGCGGCGCCACCACGGCCGGCACGCACAUGGCGACAGGGGACGGGGCACACACUUCCUCCGCUCCCUUUCCCUUGCCGAUGUGAUCCCCCGCCGCCUCCGCCCUCGCCCUCACUCCGUCCCCGCGCCGAUCCCAUCGCCCCCAGGAAAUGUCUCGCCACCACCACCACCACCACCACGACCCGGCCCCGCCGCCCUGCUGCUCCUGCUGCGCCUGCGGCUGCUCCCCGCCGCCGUGCGGCUACUACGCGGUGCCCCCUCCCCAGCCGGCGCCCGGGUCCGACCAGCUCCUCCACGCCAUCGCCGCGCAUCUCCUGCUCAGCUCCGCGCCCCCGCCUCCCCCACAACCCCAGCCCCACCCGCAGCCCCACCCUCAGCCGCCGCCGAAUCCCGCCGCGCACCACGCGAAUCUCUACGCCUCCUACGCUUACCAGCACCAGCACCAGCACCAGCAGCAGCCGGGAUCCGCCCCCCACGCGGCCUAUUCCCACCCGCCCGCGGCCGCCCCUGCGCCGCCGCCGCCGCAGCAUCAGCACCAGCAGCCGAACCCGCCCGACCACGGCCAGCUGCUGCUCCACUCGCUCCUCCGCCGCGUGGCCGCGCUCGAGACCACCCUGCCGCACUGCUUCCCCUCCCCUCCCGCACCGCCGCAUCCCCAGCAGCCCAACCCCCGCCGGCAUCACCGCGCCGCGCACGCGCACCAGGAGGACCCGCGGUCGCGGUCGCCCUCGCCCCCGCCCCCGCCCCCGCCGCGUCGCGCGCGCCGGGGGCCGCCGUCCGAGAGGGAGCUCGCGGCGCGCACCAUCCAGGAGCACUUCCGCCGCUUCCUGGCGCGGCGCUCCCGCACGCUGCGCCAGCUCAAGGAGCUCGCCAUGCUCCGCUCUAAGGCCGCGUCCCUCCGGGCGGCCCUCUCCGGCUCCGGCCGCCGCCGGUGCAAGGACCCCAUGGCCGUCUCGGAGGCCGCCCUGGGCAUGCUCUACCGCCUCGACGGGAUCCAGGGAGGGGACCCCAUGAUCCGGGAGGGGAAGCACGCCGUGAGCCGGGAGCUCGGCCGGAUACUGGAGUUCGUUGACAAGGUGCUCCUCAAAGAGCAGGAGGAGAUGGGCGUGGACGGCGCAUUCGACGAUUAUCCUGAAGGUUGUCAUGGGAUGAAUCGCCCAACUGUGAACAGGAAGGUAAGUUUCCGCGGUAAUGAGGCCAAUACCGAGGCUGAUGAGAGCUCUGAGAGCUCGAGUUCUGCCGAGGCCGAUGAGAGGAAGGCUGCAAACAGCAAGAAGAGUGCCAAUGGCAAGCCUGGGCUUGCAGCCCCAGUGCCAGUACACAUGGAGUCAAGGAGAACUGGAGGGGAAAUGUGAUAACCCGGUCUCGCAUCUUGUAAUGUUACCUCAUGUUUAGAAUCAUGUUUCUUGAAAUUAGAUUGGAGCCUGCUAGUUGGUAGAGUUUGUGCUGCAACUACGAUGUUUAGACUGUUGUAUUACCUCUCUUGUCACAUUUGUCUCUGCAUUGUACCACUGGUAGUUUUGAACAUUCAGAAUCUAGAUUGGAUCAUUUUGUCACA